UUAAUGCCAGGAAGCAGGAUCCCAUGUUGAUUUCUCUGGCUCGAACCUCGCGUUAUACAUAGACACACCAGCAGGUGGCAGUGAAGAGUUACUGCGACUCCAGCCGCACAGUUUAACUACCUGCUACCUACGCACCUCUUUUCCCAUUCCCGCAUCUCCGCUAAUCUGAAUGGCCGGAGUGCCAGGCCCAUUACAGACAGUCCACCGCUAUUCACAGCCAAAGACGAACACACGAACAUCCGGGGAAUGUGUCAGCCAGUCUCCUACGUUCUGUUCUUGGACUCUGGGAUUGAUUCCUGGCUGUGACUGAAGCUGUAAGCGCUGCAGGGGUGGGUCAGUGGCAGGUGGUGCAGCCCGUUAUAGACACCUGUAGAGCAGGGACAUAAUACAGCACAGCUUUAGCCGCACACACGACUCACACUGUGCCCAUAGCUGCUGCUUAUUAGUAUCUGACAGCUCACCAGCCUCACUGACAGCUUUACUCUGUGCUGACUGCCUGUUAUCCGCCUCACUCAGCUGACAGCAUUCUUAACGUCAAAGUACGUGCAGCUCUGGACCUCAUGACUGAGUGCUGGCGACUCUUGAUAUGCAGGGUAUUGGGUAGUGGCAGCUGUUUUUCUGCCUCCAGAUCCCACGCCGAUGAAGAAGUUGUGAAUGAUCACAAGGUGGUGGUGUCUGACAUCAUCCAACUUGUCCCUGAUGAUCAGUCAGAGCUAGAAUUGCCUUCAGAUGACAUCAUGCAACAGGAGACCUCUCCCAUCUGCGCGGCCGAUAUUGAGGAUCAGCUAAGAAAGCAGUUUGCCUACUUGUCAGGUGGACGAGGGGAAAAUGGCUCCCCAGUCAUCACAUUUCCUGAAUAUCCAGCAUUUAGUGAGAUUCCAGAAAAAGAGUUCCAGAAUGUACUCAGCUAUCUGACAAGUGUGCCAGUUUUAGAAGAUGCGGGAAUUGGCUUCAUCCUAGUGAUCGACCGAAGACUGGACAAAUGGACCUCAGUAAAAACAUCCAUUCUGAAGAUUACGGCAUCUUUUCCUGGGAAUUUACAGCUUGUUAUAGUCCUGCGCCCAUCGGGACUAUUGCAGCGCACCCUCUCGGAUAUUGCAUUCAAAUUCAACAAAGAUGACUUUAAAAUGAAAGUACCGAUCAUAAUGCUGAAUUCAGCAACAGAACUCCAUAGUUACAUUGACAAGACCGAGCUGACCCGAGAUCUUGGUGGCACACUGGAUUACUGCCAUAAGGACUGGCUCUCAUAUCGCACUGCUAUUGAAAACUUUGCUGUCAUGGUGAAACAGACAGCCCAAAUGCUCCAGUCUUUUGGGACAGAGCUGGCAGAGACAGAGCUGCCAAAUGACAUUCUCUCCACAAGCUCACUGCUACAUACGCACACAGAGAAAGAGGAAAAAAUGAAGGAUCACCUCAGGUUUGCAUUAAAGCAGGGAUGUGACAUUUUGGAGAAGAUCAUGGAGCCACAUAAAGACAACCCUGAGUAUAGGAUGAAUCAGAACCAACUGGACAACCAAACUACUGUGGAAAGGCUUCUAUUGCAAUUAAAUGAAACAGAAGCAGCUUUUGAUGAGUUUUGGUCUAAACAUCAACAGAAGCUUGAACAGUGUUUACAGCUACGUCAUUUUGAGCUAAACUUUCGAGAGAUUUCUACAAGCCUGGAUGAUAUUUCUGAGAGGCUAGAAGCUUUUAAAGAUGUAGGAAACAGCUGCUCCCAUGCUGAACACAAUCUGAAGGACCUCUCCAACUUUGAGGUUAAAUCCCAAGAAGUUUUACAGGAAGCCCAGAAUUUAGCCAGAGAAGGCGAUCAGCUCAUUCAGAGUAAUCACUAUGCUGUGGACUCCAUCCUUCCAAAAUGCAAUGAGAUUGGCAACUUAUGUGAGAGCAUAAGCAGCACCAUUCAGCAGAGGCGGCAAAACCUUCACAAAUCCUUGGAAUUGCACAGACAUUUGGAGAAGUCAAUGAAGUGGCGUGAUGAGGGGAUUUACUUGCUGGCUUCACAACCUGUGGAUAAGUUCCAGUCACAGGAUGGAGCAGAAGCUUCACUUCAGGAGAUUGAAAGGUUUCUAGAGACUGGCACAGAUAUAACUUUGCAAGAUUUGGCUUUUAUUUUGAAGAAGUAUGACUCGAUUCUGACUCCAGAACUCCAGGAACAUGUCAAUAAAGUGUACCAGAAGCAGGAAAGCUUGCAGGAGAUGUUUGAGAAGAGGAAAGGUAGCCUUAGAAAACUUGCAGCAAAGCAAACCAGACCUAUCCAGCCAGUUGCCCCGAGACCAGAAGCAAUUUCCAAGUCUCCUACCUCCUCUCCAAGUCUUCGUAGGUCUUCUGAAAGCACAUAUAACAGAGGAAGUAUUCAGCGUCGGAUAAAUUAUCGCAGAGCCAAGACUGAAGUGGAUGGUAAUCAGAUUAGAAGUACAUCAGAGAUGGAGGAUGAAGAAAAUCUAGCAGUGUUAAGAAGGCAUGUCAUGAAUGAACUUAUUGAGACAGAAAGAGUAUAUGCAGAAGAGCUGCUAUCUGUGAUCAAGGGUUAUGCUGCUGAAAUGAAUAACCCUCUAGCAAUAGACCUUAUCCCCUCAGUGCUACAGAACAAGAAGGAUGUUCUUUUUGGCAACAUAGAAGAAAUUUGUCAGUUUCAUAACAGAAUAUUUUUGAGAGAGCUGGAAUAUUACAGGGACUAUCCAGAACUAGUGGGAAGGUGUUUUUUGGAAAGGAUGGAAGAUUUCCAAAUCUAUGAAAAGUACUGUCAGAACAAGCCAAGGUCAGAGAGCUUGUGGAGGCAGUGCUCCGAUGCUGCUUUCUUCCAGGAUUGCCAAAGGAAAUUGGACCAUAAGCUAAGCCUGGACUCCUAUCUUUUAAAACCUGUGCAAAGGAUAACAAAGUAUCAACUACUGUUAAAGGAAAUGCUAAAGUAUAGUAAAAACUGUGAAGGAGCUGAAGAUCUUCAGGAAGCACUAGCCUCUAUACUGGGCAUUCUUAAAGCUGUCAAUGAUUCCAUGCAUCAGAUAGCAAUCACCGGAUAUGAGGGGAACUUAAAUGAACUUGGAAAACUCUUAAUGCAAGGAUCAUUUAAUGUGUGGACAGAGCACAAGAAGGGUCAUUCCAAAGUGAAGGAUCUGGCGAGGUUUAAACCAAUGCAAAGACACCUGUUUCUGCAUGAAAAGGCUGUGCUGUUCUGCAAGAAGAGGGAUGAGACUGGGGAGGGAUAUGAGAAGGCACCAUCCUACAGCUAUAAACAUUCCUUAAAUAUGAUGUUUGUUGGAAUUACUGAGUAUGUGAAAGGAGACAAUAGGAAAUUUGAAAUUUGUUGCAAUGCGAGGGAGGAGGUUUAUAUUGUGCAGGCACCAACCCCAGAUGUAAAGGCCACCUGGGUAAAUGAAGUCAGAAAGGUGCUGACAAACCAAUUAAAGGCACACAAAGAUGCCAACCAACACAAAUCAACAGAGCAGGCAAACAGCUUACCUGCUGCUCUUCCAUCCAAUAAUAGUCCUCUGAGAAAUAAAUCCGGGAAGACCAAAAAUCUGGAGGAAAGAAAAACUGAGCCUCUGUUGAAUCCAGAUGUCUCCUUAAAGUCUGUACCAAAAUACCUUGAAAAAGAUGACACAGUUACUAGUCCUACCUCAGAUUCUUCUGCCUUGUCAAAAAAGCGCUUCACUUUGCAGGGUUUUUCAAACCUCAAAAGUCAAAAAGCUUCUCCUGCCAGUCCAGACAAAAAAGCUAAACGCCAUGAAGUAAAGAGCGACCCAACUCCCUUUGGUUUAAGAGGUUGGAACAGAGCAUCACAUUCACUUGAUGUUUCUGAAGAAAAUAAUGAAGAUUGGUCUAGUGAAGAAGAUCCCAUUAACUCUUCCGAUGCCGAAGAGGAUGGAGCAGGUGAUGCACCAGAGUACAAGCUAACUCCUGGUAAAUAUACUGUAGUGGCUGACUAUGAAAGAGGUUCAGAUGAGCUUCUGGUAAAGAGUGGAGAUCUUGUUCACGUAAUACAUGAAAAUGAUGGUGGAAUGUGGUAUGUGAAGAACUUGAGUACCAAUAAAGAAGGUCUGGUACCUGCCAGCAACCUUAUGACUCUCAUAGGCACUUCCAAAUCUGCCCACUCUUUAAGCAGCUCUGAAUCUGGACCUGCUUCAAGCACUUUAAGCACAUCGUCCAGCUGCAGUGAGAGCUGCAAUGCAGGCACCACCACCAGUUUCUCUGAUAUCAAGAGUUGAGCCAGUGCUCUGUACAUGGAAAAGGUGAAGCAGCACUGGAAGUCCAGAAGGAAGUUGGGGAGAGAAAUGGCAUUUCCGCUGCUAGUACAGAAACACGUGCUGCUGGAUCAGUCACUAUGGAUUCUGUCUCUCUAACCCACAAUAGUAAUUUCCAUCAAAUGCAUACAAGCAGACCGAGCUGCCAGCUGGAGGAGUAAUAAGAAAUGGGACUAGGGUGUCCUGUGUCAGAGAAAAUCUGCCUUCAAAUUCCGCACUUAUUUGAAGUAUCGUUUACAGCUCUAAAAAAAGCAAAGUGUUUACAAAGGAACAUUUUACCCUGCUAUAGAGAACUAUAUUCCUGCUGUGAUGAUGGCAUCCUUGGGUUCCUUGGCUCUGUGUAAAUCGAAUGAAAGGGAACAAAAACAAAACAAGCAAACUGUUUUGCUUUUUACACCGUUUUUAGGUGGUGUGGGGCUUUUCGCCACUAAAUAAUUUCUAAAUGAAUGCCAUGUCAACUUUUACAAGUUCCAUUUUACUAAAAUAUUUAAUACAAAGUUAUUUUUCCACAGUCGUAAAGCCAACGUUUGUAGUUGUGGAUUAGUAGACUUUACAUUUUCUAUGUUUUGUUUGUGUGGAUGAAAAUGUUGCUGUCCUGAUUAUGCUGUGGGUCAGCAUGCUGCAGUUUAUAAUGGCUUUCCUCUCAUUCCUUUGUGUGGAAAGACUGGAAGAAACACAGCUACACAUUUUAUUAUUCCACAAAAGUAAUGUGAGACAGAUAACCAUCCCUAUACUGAGCCUUGAUAGUCACUGGUUCACUACUGAGCAAAAGUAGAAAAAAGUUGCACUCAUACGACUUGAUGCGGUGUACCCAGAGGUACCUCCAAAUAUUUAUUGAUAAUAAAAUUAAAAAUAAAAAAUCAAACAUUUCAGGGGGCGCCUGCCCCCUUCAUCAGUGCUGUAGUAGCCCUUGAAAUGUUUGAUUUUUUUGUACUCCGCAUCAAUAAAUAUUUGGAGGUACCUCCGGGUACACUGCAUCAAGUCGCAUGAGUGCAAUUUUUUUUUACUUUUGCCCCAUACUACAUUCACGUAGAGUCACAUGACUCUGGGAAAGUUUGCACCUACCGGAACAUUACAAGAAGCACAUCAUUAAAAACUGUGAGCGUAUCGAACCUUGACUAGUUCACUACUGACUGGGUGUGAAUAAUGCCACUUUAGUUCUCUCUUUCACUGCCAUAAACGUUCCAUUGCUUGCUUAUGCUUAGUACUGUACAACACAUCAGAAGUGUUACUGGUCUGUGGAAAAUCACUCUAAACAAAACAAAAGCACCCUCACACAAACAUUUGUAUGUAAAUAUAUAAAAAUGGGGAACCACAUAUCAAAACAAUGAAUAUGGAUACAGAGAAAAAUUACAGAUUUUGCCAAAAAUUACCACCAGAUGUAGCCGUUGUGGUAGAACCUUCUAUGUGGUCUCACAUGGGACUGUAAAGCAGAUGAGAAGGUUUGGUGAUAAUAGAACCUUUUUUCAGCUGUAACCUGAGAGGAUUCCAAAUCAGAGUGUACAGACAGAAUGAUUUUUACAGAUUGUGUUUUAAUGUGUGUAUAUGUAAAAAUAUAAAUGUAUGCAUUUGCACAGUGCUUAAUUGGUUCAAUUCUUAAUAAAUCAGCCAUUUCCCCAGCCCAGAGGAUAAGCUGGAUCUGGGUAAAAACCUGGAGGAAUCCAGCAUUUACUGGUCUACACUAUUUCAGUUGCUGAUGAUUAUUAUGGAGCAAUCGCUUCAGCUUUGUUAUGAAAAAAAUGAUGCCCCCCUACUUGUUUCUUUAAAUGCAAUAAAUAGAUUCUGUGAUUUCCUUAAUGACUGACAGCAAACAGGUUUUUGCUUAUAAGUCCAUCCCUCCAAAAGCUUGGUUUAGAAGAGAACAGCUUCAGUGGAGUAAGUGGUUAUUCAGGCUUUGUGACCAAAUUGGCAAUAGUCCAAAAGAGAUACUGGCGCUAGAAAUUAAACCUUUUUUCUACAUCUAUCAUAAAAUUGUCUUUUCAUGAUAUUUUUAAUUUUGCCAUAAAAGUAUUUGCCUAAUGCUUCUACAUCAUAUCUGAUCACCCAAGUUCCUCUAUGAGGGGGGCAUUCAUAUUUGUGCAGGAGUAGUCUGUUAGCAUUAGAAGGGACAGAUUGAGAAGGGAUUGUUGGCAAAACAGUCUGGGUUAGGAACUUCAAGUAGCAAUUACUUACAAAAGUAGCACAAAAAAGGUCAACAUGAUCCAUAUGUAACUUCCAAAGUUUUUUAGUGUCAGUAUCACUGGCUGGCUGUUCCUAUAAUUGAUGUGUUUGUCAAUUUUAACAUCACUCUUUGUUUUUGGCCUUGAAUUUGGAAGACUAUGGUUCAACCUCUUUGAAUCUCCUUGCCAGAUACUUUUGGACUUUAUAUUUUCAAAGGAAUCCCAGAAAGGGAUUUAUCCCAUAUAUUCUAACCAACCUUUAUUAAAUGAGUUUGGACACCAAACAUCUAUGUCACAGCUAAAAUGAUGGAAACACCUUGUACUUAAAUCACCAGUGCCCUAUGUUCUUUCCAAGGGUUCAUCUCUAUUGGCCAUCAAACUGGUCAUGUUUUACCUUAUUCAAUUUCCAGUAUGGAUAUUGCCUUGUGCAAUGUGUACUCUUAACUUAUGUACAUUACCACUGCAGCUCUUAUUUGUUUUUCUUUUAACUUUCCAAAAUAAUUUCUUGGGACCAUUAUUGUUCUUAAUUCUUAUAUGUCUUAAAGGAUUAGUAAACCUUUAAAACAAGUGAAUGUAAAAUUGAGGAGAGUACUAUUCUAAACACUUUUGUAAUUUACAUUCAUUAUUUAUUCUUUUUAUUCCAAGAAAUUAAGAGACAUGUGCACGGUUACUAUGAACAAAUUUAGUUACAACAGCACCACCUGCUGGUCAGUUCCCGACCAGGCUGACCACCAAGUAGUCAAGGAAGUUCUUCUAAACAGAAGAAUAUCAGAGCACGUUGACUCCUGCCGGUCCUAUUUCAGUCUCUCAGCUGCACCAAAAAAAUUCAUAAAAAAGGUGGAUCAGCGCCAAGGGCAACGGAGAAAACAAACAACAAAGCAAAAAUAUGGUGUAGUAUUUUUGAAUAAUUCAGUUUAUCCCCAUGUGUUGGAAUAGGAAAACAAAGUGAUGUUUUAGGUAAGUUCCCCUUCAAAUGACGAUUCACUACUUCAAAGGGUGAAAAUAUCCUGAUUAAGUUCCCCUUUAAACGGACCAAAAAAUCUUCCAUACAUGCAUGUGUGCUUAUUUCAAUAGCUUCCAUCAGAUCUGGCUAAAAUGCCUACUUAUAAGAUAGUAGGUUUUGUAGUUGCAUAUAAUAAUCGUUAUUUUCCCUUCUCCUCAGCAGCUCCGUUAUGCUCCAGUAUAAAAUACUAUUUUAUUGUUAAACUUUAAAAAUUUUAAUAAAAUGCACUCACAUUUUAUUUCCAUAAAUAUAAUCACCCUUAAGUAAGCUUUUUUAGCAGGUUUCACCAGUUGGAUCCAGGAUAGGAGUGUUGCAGGCGUCUCUUUCUCCCUCGUGGCUCUCUGACCAGCAGGUGGUGCUGUUGUAACAUAAUUUGUUCAUAUUAAUAGUACAUGUAUCUCUUAAUAUCUAUGGAAUGAAAAAAAUAAUAAAUAAUGCAUGUCAAUUACAAAAGUGCUUAGAAUAGCACUCUUAAUAAAUUGACAUUCACUUUUUUUAAAGGUUUAUUUAUCCUUUAAUAGAUGGUUUACUUUCAUGUUUUUCUGCAUACUGCAUGCCUAAGGCGAGACAAGAAUAGUAAGUACACCUUAUUUUCUGACCUAUAGGUGCUGUUCUGUUGAGGUUUUGGAAGAAUAUUUUGAAUCCAAGUUAUAACGAACUACCGUCCAUAGGUAUAAUCCAAGUAUGGAGAGAUAUAAAUGUAAAACGAAUUUAUAAAAAGGACCUAUUUUUCACGUAGAACUCAUUCCAGGAGCCUACGACAAUCUCUGACACCCACUGUUAAUACUAAACAAGUGUGAAACUUGUUAUAAGCAAUUUGCACAGAUGUUGGCUUCUCAACUAUGCUGUAAGUUAUUUGUAAAUAAUGUGUAAAUUAUUAGACUGUUCUUUAAUGAUACUGUGUAGAUUUUAGAACACAAUGUGAAAUAUUUUAUUAUGAGAGUUUACUGAAUACAUUUCAAUGUGUUACUU